AUGGGAACUCUGCCAUCGAUCUUCCAGCACCCUCUCCGGUGCUUCGUAUCUGUCUUCUCCUUUGGCGAUCCGAGCUUCGAAAUUUCAAGAUCACACAAGCUGGUUCUGGUUGAUGUCGAAGAUGCAGCCUUGGCUUCUGUGAAGUUGCUUGGGGCCGGAACCUUUGGAAGUGCGUACGUGGCUAUGAUCGAUGAUCAGCCAAGAUUUGUGGUGAAGAGGCUCGAGUCAGAGCGUAUCUCUGAACUGGAUUUCAGGUGGAUCAUGGAGAUUCUUGGAGAUGUUAGGCACGAAAAUGUGGUCGCGUUAAGAGCUUAUUAUUCUUCUGAUUAUUACAGUAACGACAGUGUGCAUUCGUUGUUACAUGCGCUCUCCUCUUCGGAUGUGGCGCCAAACGGCAAAUGUAGAUUGGAAACCAGAGUAAAAAUUGCCAUUGGUGCAGCGAAGGGCAUUGCUGAAAUACAUAAAAAAUUUGGUGGGAUGCUUGUCCAUGGAAACAUUAAGGCAUCAAAUAUUUUUCUCAAUCAACAACUAUACGGCUGUGUAUGCGAUUUCGUCUUGUCAAACAUGACGAAAACAAGACUCAAACCAACUUCGUCAGAUGUGUAUACCUUAGGAAUUCUGCUACUCGAGCUUCUAACCAGAAAGAAUCCUGCAGCUGUUAACCUAGUCAAACUGUGGAGAUUGUUGGCGGAUAUUGACAUAUCGAACCGAGUGAGUCGCUCUUUGGACUCAACGAGCUGGGAAGUAAAACUUGUAUUUCUUGAGGAUGUUAAUGUAGAUCCCGUAUGUGGGAUCGAGUAUUUACUGGAGGCUUCUGCUGCUGAGGUGAUUGGGAAAGGAUCGUUCGGGAAUAGUUACAAGAUAACACUCGACAAUGGAAGUAUAGUUGUGGUGAAGAGAUGUAAAUAUGUGAAUCCAACAUUCAAAGAUUUUCAGAAGCAUGUGGAGUUAUUUGGAAGAAUGAAUCACACGAAUAUCGGUAGAUUAAAGGCUUUUUACUAUUCAAGAUAUGAAAAGCUUUUGUUGUAUGAUUAUUACACUCAAGGCUGCAUAUCUUCGCUACAUGGAAAUACAUUAGCUGUUUCUGAAUGUGUUUAUGCUGAUUUUGUAAGGAUAAGAGGCGAUGACUGGGUUACCAGAGUCAAGAUUGCUUUUGGAGCAGCAAGAGGUAUCGCUCACGUCCACGGACAAGAUCAGGAUCUUGUGCUCGGAAAUAUAAAACCUCCAAUAUUUUCCUCAAUGACCAAAAUCAUGCCAUUGUGGCCUUUGAUGCUGGAUCGGCAAAUCUGA